CAAAAUAACCGUCCUCUAUCGAGCUUCAAGUCAAAAAGGAUAAAAAUAGAAUUUCAGAAUUGAUUUUGAGAAGAAUAUAUUGCUGACGGCCGUUGGUUGUGACGCAUAUAAAAGUGCACGGACGCAUUCUGAUGUAAAUUUGCUGCGUAGCGAAGUGAAAUAAAUCAGUGAAAUGGCUCACGAAAUAGAGCCGAUGGAUAUUGACAAUAUUGAGAGUGACUUUGACAAUAAAGAGAACAGUUUUCAUCAUAGCAAUGUUUUGCCAAGGACUCCAUGUACGGAGAAGGGGUACGAGGAACUGGAUGUGUCGGAGCUCAAUAUGAAACUCAGGUAUUCAAUGACACCAGCUUCUUCUCCAAUGUCUAAAAGUUAUACGGCAAAUUGUGCUGACAGUAAAAAUGUAGAAUCAAUUAGCGACCUCGGUGGCAAUAAUAAUUUGACCCGCUCAUACAAUUCUAUGAUAAAAUCUGAAAAUAUGUCUAAAUCAUUGAAACUACAUCCCCUGCAAGUGCACUCAUCUGACCAGUCAUCGGAUAACAAUAGAAAUGUAUCAGUGUUGAGACAAUUGGAUACCACCGUAACAUUGAUAGACAAGAAUGUAACUGUAACAGUAACUGGUACAGCAGAUAUAGAUGAAAAUAUAUCACUACCAAGUUCAUCAUCUUCUACCAUAGAGACACCUGAAGCAACAACUCCGACAAAGGAAAUUCCAAAACAUGAUGGUGGUUCUCCAAUUAUGCGUGGUUUGAAAAGUGUUCUGAAUAUGUUUAGAUCUUCCCAGAGUCCUAUAUCAACUGAGGGGGAUAAUACUGCAAUGAAUAGAGAUAUACUUAGCCCAGUAGAUGGAAGUCAAACUGAUAGUGCAACCUGUACACAAAAGGUAGCUUUGGCUUCAACACCAAUAGCUACCAAAAGAAACAAGGAUGGAUCAUCAAAAAGAAGCAGCCCCCUUAAGGACAGCAUAGUUUUUAAUGAUGAUCUUGAAAAAGAACUAUUGUGGAAGGAUGAAACUACAAUUUUAUUUAGUGAAGAAAAGAUUCCUAUCCAUAAAUUAUUUUAUCAACAGUCUCAACAAUUACCUAGUUUACAACUAAAAACUUCUGAUGUUACAAAAGCUAGUACAGUAAUUGAAGACGAAGGAGAUAAUAUUAAUUCUACUGUAGAGUAUAUGGAUGUGUCAUGUGCAGAUUCAUUAAUUGAUAACAAAACAAUGGCUGAUUUUACAACUGAGCCAAUUGGUAAUCAAACAGAAUCUGAUAAUGAAUUUGUGGAUUGUGAAACAUCUUACCCAAAUAAUGAAAGUGAACUACUGAAUGAUACAGAUUUAAAUAAAACAUUAGACAAUUUAAACAUAAAAUAUGGUGUAUCAAGUAACAAUACCAAUAUACAUAUAAAUACACAGAUGGAUUUGAAUCUUGCAAAGGAAUUGACUACAAAUGUAUUAAAAGAAUCUAUUGAAAGAUUGACAAGUAAUGACUAUACUGAGAAUAUUGAAAUGUUUACUGAUAAUAACAUUAUAGUUACAGAUAUUUCAAACUCAGAUGAAAUAGAUAAAGAAACAUUAACAGAAGAAGAUUAUGAAAAUCAGUCUAGGCCAAUAGAACUUAAGUUUAAUACAGAAAUGGGAAAUAGUUCAUAUAAAAAUUUACCUUCAGAAAACAUCAAUGACAACAUCAACCCUGGAAAUCUAGAUUCACCCAGUAAAAUGUUUGAAAAUAACAUAAACCAUCAAAAUGAUAGUCACAUGGCAGCAAAAGACAUGGGACAGUCGGAGGAACAGUUUAAUAAUAAAAUUUCAAAUGACUCUGUAAGUUAUGCAGUUUCAUUAGAAUCUGAAGAUGGAAUAAUUACAUCAAUUACAGCAGCCAAAAAUACUUCAUUAAAUUCACAGCCUACACAACUUCAGGAAAACAUAUCUUCGAAUGGUAACACUUUAUCUGAAAGAUUACAUGAUUGUGAAGUUAAUGUGGACAUUGAGCCAAAUAUAUCUAAAGAUGAUAUUCAUUCAAUUUCAAAUAUGCAUGUUCCUGUUGGUUGUAGUUUAAAAGUUGUAUCUGAAAAUGUCUUGUCAGAUAUCACUGUUGAUAAUCUAGGUCCAGAUACUGUACUACAAAAUGUUGCAGCCUGUACAGUUACAGAAAACAUUUUAAAGUCUAUGCCCCUUGGUGUUGAAGAUAAUGUAUCUAUUAACAUAAUUAAUGCUGACACUAAUUUACCAGUAGACAUUCCAUUACCAGAGGAUGAUCUUGAGACUGAAGAAUCUUUUUCUGAUCAAACAUUAAAUGAAAAUAUUGCUUUACAGUCUAAUCUUCCUCCUGAUGUCAUAAGUGACUUAAAUACUAAUACUAAAAUAGAAAAUGCAGUUAAAUUUGAGGGAUUACCAACGGAAUCUGUAAAUAAAAGUUUAUCAACAGCCAAUUUUAUUAAAUGUGAUGACAAUGAACAACAAAAUAUAUUACAAAAGAAUGAACCAGUCCAUAAAGAAAUAUCAACUAUAUAUAAUUCUGAAAAUGAAAAUGAAUUAGUGGAAUCAUUUGCUAAAAAAAGUAAUGAAUUAAACAGUUUAAAAGAGAAUGAAGUUAUUAAGGAAAUUAAAGAAGAUGAACCUGAUUUAAUAGAAAUCAAAAAAGAUGCUAAUGAUGAAUUUGUUACACUAAAUUCAACUUCUAUUUUCCAAAAUACUACAUAUACACAAGAAGAGGAAAACCUAACUGAUAUCCACAUUGCUGAUCAAUCCCAAGGACAAAUUACACAAAAUAUAGGACCCAUUAUGUCCAGUGAGCACAUAUCACAAGAAGUAAUGCAAAAAGAAAAAAUAUUACGAUGUAAUACCUCUAUUACUGAUAACAAUGAAUCUGUCAACUGUGAAAUUAAUGUACAAUCUCAAGACGUUAAUGUAACUAAAGAAAAAGAAUCACCUGAUCAAAAAUAUACAAAUUCCAAUAUUAAUUCGGAACCUGAGUCUAUAGAUAUAGUAAACACGUCGAUUGAUAAAAAAUAUACUAUUGUUGAAAACUCGAUGACAGUUUGUGAAGGCGACAUUAAAAAUGGUGUUAAACGAUGUUCUUUCAUAGCAGAAAAGGAUAUUGAAACAUUAGAUGAAAAAUACAUAAAAGGAAUAGAAGAAACAAAGGACACAUUUCUUCCUACACCAGAUAAACAUGUAAGUAUGUCAGACACCAUCGUUCACGAAGAAUUACUGGUUUCUGAAAAUAAUAGUCCUUAUGUUUUGAUAUCAGUUGAUAAUGAUUUAGAAAUAAUGUCUGCAUGUAAAAUUGAUGAAUUAGAUAAAAUCGAAAAUCCUUUUACAAUUAACACUAAAGUAGCAUCUCCACCAAUUUCUCCCAAAAUAACUUCAAAUGGCUAUAAUUUAAAUUUUGAUGAUAUGGAUGAUCCAUUUGCCACUAAGACUAAAAUUAGAGUAUCUCCUCCUUUGGACUCUCCAAAAGAGCUUGUGAAACAAACAAUUAUAGACGUAUCGAAAAACAAAAUUGAUACCAAAGGUAAAAUAAAAUUCCAACCCGAAAAUCACAAUCAGGGUCUGACAAAGAUGCUUUGUAAUUUAGCUGGCGAUAAUGCUACUAGUUCAUUAGAUAAUCAAGAAAAUUUGAUAACUUCUGUAAACAUUGACAACAGUAAUGAUAUAAAAAAUUUUAACAGUACAAUAUGCACUGUUGAUAUGGCUAAAUCAUUUAAAAAUGAAAUUGUAAUGGAACAAGCCACUAAUGAUAAACCAUUAACUGUAAAAAUUGAAGAUAAUUUAAUAAAGAAAUCUGAAGUUGGGAAUGAUUUGGAUAAUUUGUCUAAAACACCUGAUCCUUCAACAGUAGGUAUUGAUAGUAAAUCACCAGGUGAAUUGAAUAAGACAUCAAAUGAAUGCAAAGACACAUCGUCCUCAGAGCAGUCUAUUUAUCUUUCUGCUGCGACUUCAUCUGGUGAAAGCAUCACAUCUCGAAAUGUUUUUAACAUUCCUGAAAUUGACAGUAUCAAUCCAUUUGUUACCAAGAUAAAAAUGUGUCAAUCCCCACAAUCAGAUACAAAAAUGGAUAAAUUGUUUGAGAAUAACGAAAAUGUUGCAUCUAUAGAGUCUAGUUCCAAGGAGAAUGCAGAAUCGCAAAAUUAUAAUCUCGAUGAUGAAUCUAAAACUCCGAAUGUUUCGUCAAACAUCGAAGAAAAAGAGCAUAUAGAUGUAAGUAAUACUACGUGCUCUUCAAAAACAACAGAUGAUAAAAAUAUCACUGUACGUGAAGUUCACACUGAUGAAGAAGAUACAAUUGAAGGUCCCUUCCUGGAAGCAGACGAUUUAAAUAAUGAUAAAUUAUCAGAUUUUAUUUAUGACAAUGCUGAUAUGAUACACUUUACGGAGUUGCCACCUCAAGCCAAUGAUGAUUUAGAAUCUGGAGAACUUUUUAUUGAUGCAGAAGCGUUUGAAUUUCUUCUAAAUCAAAACAAACGCAAUGUUGUGUCUGACAGUGGUAAAGAAAGUUUAUUCUUAAAAUUCGACCCCUUGUUUGCCAAGAGAAUGUCUUCAGAUGGAAUGUUAGCAGCAUUAAAUAAAAUACAAAAAAGGCAAAGUACACCCAAAAAGAUGUGUAAGCCAGUGACUACACCAGCUGGUGACAUUCCCAUAGCAGGACCUUCUACUUUGAAUGUUAAGCAGAGUAGCAUAUCGGAAGAUGUUGAGGAUGUUAAUAUAACAACGUCGAAACCAAUGAUGGUUGUAACACCUGCUGUCAAUUCAAUUGUAUCUCCUAGAAAAUCUGCAACCCCCACUAUUUCUAAUCGUCGUUCUCUCACAUUCACAUCUCCUGCCAUUGCUGUUAUUGACAGACUAUUGUCUUUGAGCGCAAACAAUUCAUUAAAUGAUCACGAUACUUCAGCUGUGCAAAUUGGUAGAGAGCAGAAUGAAGCAGAUUUAGUGCUCACUCAACUAAGAGAGCUGUUGGCUGAAAAAGAAAUAAGCGUGUACAAUUUAAGAUCUGAGAGUAAAGAGUUGAAGAAUAGGUUGUCCAAUCUGGAAACUCACAUGCAAACUUUAGAAUCUGAAUGUGACGAAAGACUAAAGAAAAUUAAUGAUUUAACGGAUAAACUUUCUGAAAAAACGAAAAUCAAUAGAAGUAUGGCAUCAGUUGUAGAAGAAUAUGAGAGAACGAUUGCUAGUCUUAUAGCAGAAACAGAACAAGAUAAAAAAAAUCAUAAUGAGGAACGACUUAAACUUAUAAAAGAAAGGGAUGAACAAACUGCACACUUGGCAAGUAUGGAGGUUUCGUUUAGCGACUUACAUAGCAAAUACGAGAAGAGUAAACAAAUUAUUUUGACUUGUAAAGCUAAUGAAGAUACAUACAAGAAGUCUAUUAAAGAAUUUGAAGAGAACCUGAUUAAAAUGCAGAAUAAUUAUGAGUUAUUAAAGCAACACGCAACUUCAAAACUAAAUCACGCCAAUCAAGAAUUAGAAAAGAUGAAUAGAGCACAUGAGGCGGAGGUUUUGAAGUUAAACGCCAUGAUCAAGAGAAAGGAGUUGCAUAUUACAUCUUUAGAGGAAACUCUCACACAAAAAACAAAAGCGAACGAGGAAUUGACGGCGAUAUGCGAUGAACUCAUCAAUAAAGUCGGCUGAUCUAAUUUGAGAUAAAUCCAAAUAUUUACUUUGUUAUGUGUCUGUGAUCUAAACUGAUGAUAUAUCGGACAUGUUGCUUUUGUACUUAUCCAAUGAUAAGUUUCAUAAAGUGUAGAAGGUUAAACACCAAAAGCAUGUGCCAAAAAACCUUGUUAGUGCCUAUUGAAUACUGAAAAUUUCCAUUCAAUGGUAAGACUGUUACUUGUGAUAUAAAUUCUUGUAGUAAUAAUGUCAAAAUUUCUUCCUCCUAUAUUUAGAACACCGCACAUUUUUUAUUAUGCCGGACAUAAUAAAAAUGUGCCGUCUGAUGUCUUAAAUUAAUAUGUCAAAAAGAAAUGUGUACGGGGACUGGGAAAGCUCCAAAUUAAGAUAUUUUAAAUAAUUUAUUUUGUGAAAUACAAUUUACAAUUUGAUUAUUUUUGUUAUCAUGUAUGGCGAACAAUUGAAUAGUUAAGUAGUAUUUUUGUAUAUAAUUUAUUUAAAGAAUAUAUAUUUUAUGAAUGAUGUAAAUAACAAUUCAUUGUAAUUCAUUCUGAUAUUGCAUGUGACUGACAUAUUCUUCAAUACACUCGGUCGGGAUUGAAUAAACAUUGUAGUCAUAUAUAAGAAUGCACAUACAAAAUCCUGAAUGGCAGUGAAACCCGUAUCAAAAUACUAAUUGCGUGAUUUAGAAGUAGGCGAAGAAAUAUAUGCUGACAGCGAUUUUACUUUAUGCUAUUGAGACAUGUUUCACAAAUUUCAUGUAAGUAUGGUUAUAUUUAUGUUAAACCAUGUACAUUUUUUUUUCUAUUGAUUAAUACAUUUUUCAUAAUCUUACCGUUUGUAAAAAAAAUUGUUCCGAGUAGAAUAGCAACUUGAGAAAGUAUAUUGCCACGGUACAGAUAUGCAUAUACCAUAUCGUAUAAAACAUAACUUACAUUAUUUGAAUUGUUAAUGUUUUAGUCAUCUAAUUGUACUUCUGGCCACUCAAGAUACGCAUGUAUAAUUUACAAUUUGAAAAAAUGUGCAUAUAUAGAUAUUUUUUCCAAGUGUUACAUUUCCCAGAGUUUGAAUAUAGAAUUAGAUAUUUUUUAUAAUCUGUAUUAAUUAUUUAUUAUAAGUUUGAGUAUCUCUAAUUUUAUUCUAUUUUUUUAAACUAUAAAUUGUGAUGUUUCUAUUCUCAUUGUAUUAGUCAUGUUUUAAAACUUUGUAAUGGGAUGACAAUUGUUUCCAAUUGUAAUGUGUCUAUUAUCCCUUUUAGAUCUAAGUUUUUUUAUUAUUUUAGAUUGAUUCCACUUGUAUGCCUGAGAGUUACUAAUUAAGAUUACGAAUUUAUUGGCUGUUUUGGAAAAUCAUGUUAUCUCAGUUUCAUAUCUAAAAGGGAAUUGCUCACUCCUUGAAUCUCUUAUCACCCGUAUGAUAUAUACAAUUUAAAUCUAAUUAACUCGUAAAGUAACCAGUGUAGUUUUCUUACUGAAAUCUUACUGAUUGUGUGACUACACGUAUGUGAGCUGUUAAAGCCCUUUAAAAGAGUAGGUAGACAAAAUUUUACGCGCAAUCGAACUGAAAAAUUGUCGAAUAUUUUUUAUUACAGUCAAUUUAAACUGAAGUUAUUUGAACUGAACUUGUAUCUGUAAAAUAUAUUUAUAGAGCUGUAAAAGGAUAAUACUAUGGAAUAUUUUUUAUAAAUUGGACAUAAUUUUAAUAUGAUUAUAUUGACAUUUUAGCAGUUGUGUAUGUUGCAUUAAAUACAAUAAAAAAUUGUGUUUAUAUAUAUGUCUUAAAAUGUUGUAAUAAAAUAUAGUAGGUAUAUUUGUAUAUAAUUUAGUAUUUAAUAUGAUUUCUUUAUGGUUUAAUAUUGAAUAUAACGAUAUUCUCGAUUUAAUAUCGAACCAUUCAAAUCAAAAGCCAGUCGUAAAUUGUUGGACUGUUUUUGUAAUAGUUAAGUGUGUGAUGUAAUUAAUAGCCGUAUUAUAACUUGUUAUGUGAAAAGUAUAAGAUUUAAAGAUAAUUCUUAAAAGACAUUUCACACGUUCGUUCACGGAUCGCCGUGAGAACACAAAAAACUAUUUUCACUUAAUAAAACGGUUUAACAAAAGCAGUUCGUUGCAUCACCAAUGUAUAGAGUAAUUAGAUAUUUUAGAUAAAUAAAGUUGAUUUUUUUUUU